AUGCAUUUCAGGAACUCAACCUCAAGAAGCAACAAGUUCAAGAUGUUGAGGGGUGAGGGAAGCCAAGCAGCUAUGGGAAGAAAGCAAAGGGCAGAGAAAGCAAGAAGAAUGAGAGAGAGGAUGUCCAUAGAUGAAGGGCUGGAGUAUGUGAUAUUGAGGGAGAAGAGAAAUGAGCAGAUAGAAGAGUCUGAGGCAGGGGAACAAGCCUACUCUGAGGAGCAAUCUGAGAACGAGAGAUUGAGAGAGGAAAGGAGAACCAAGAAGAGGAAUGACCCCAUUAGUAGUGAAAGUGAACAAGGAGAGUUUGAGAUUGGAGUGAACCUUGUUCAAGAGGAGGAUAAUGGCUCUCCAAGUGAAGAAGGAAGUGAUGAGACUGAGAGUGAAGAGGAAGGAGAAGAGGUCAAUCAAGAGAUUGAGGGAAGUGUGCAUGAGAGCAAUGAGAAUGUGCCAAUGGAGGAGGCUGAAUCAGAGGAAGAGGAUGAGCUCCCCAUGUACCAAGAGCACUACGAUGCUCUCUUCUCCAUGGGCUUUGUGGAGACCAAGUACCCACAUGAUGACACCAUGAGAGACCUUGGGAUCUUUGAGGAUGUGGAGUUGGUGCUCAAGAACAUGCAAUUGGCAAAGUUCUUCUCUUACCGCUUGGAGUCAUACAAGGAACUCACUUGUGAGUUUUUGGCGUCGAUGAGGUUCACGAGUAUAGUGAGCUCGAUCGAGCUGAGUUGGACCAAGGCUGGGGAUGGAUUACGUUCUUGGCAAAGAGGAGAAAGGAAGAUGGUCACCUUUAGGCAGCUUGAGAUACUGUUUGGGUUCACUUAUGGAGAAGGAAACCUAUGGAACAUCAAGGAAGAUGAACUCCAAAGAGUAUGGGCUACAAUCGCUGAAGAGGGGUACUCUUCCUCAAGGUCUAAGGCUGCCCAGAUCAGAAGUCCUGUGCUGAGAUAUGUCCACAAGGCUCUUGCAAACACCUUCUUUGCAAGGAAAGCCACUGGACAAUCAAUGAAGGAGAAGUGA